GAGUUUUGAGUCUUCCGUAUGUCCUUUCCUGCUUGCCGUAGGUUACACAUUACGCUUCAUUCAGUGGCGGUCAAAGUUUACUUCAGCUGCUGCAGACUGCCUCAAAGCGGCUGAUUAUCUCUCCUUUCUCCUAAAUGACAACGCGAAAUAUAUCUCGAUUUUGGGAAUGGGGGAGGAAGAUCAUUUGUGUUGGGAGAAACUACGCAGACCACGCCAAGGAGCUGAAAAACGCUGUCCCUACGGAGCCCAUCCUGUUCCUGAAGCCACCUUCAGCAUAUGUCAGAGAGGGAUCUCCUAUCCUGGUGCCUCUGUACACCAGCAACCUGCACCAUGAAGUGGAGCUCGGGGUCGUCAUUGGGAAAGGGGGCACGGCCAUCCCUCAGUCCGCAGCCAUGGAGCAUGUUGCAGGGUACGCGCUGUGCUUGGACAUGACAGCCCGGGACAUCCAGGAGGAGUGCAAGUCCAAAGGUCUGCCCUGGACCCUCGCCAAAGCGUUCAACACCUCCUGCCCGAUCAGUGAGUUCAUCCCCAAAGAGCGCAUCCCUGAUCCGGGGAGCGUAAAGUUGUGGCUGAAGGUGAACGACCAGAUGAAGCAGAGCGGCUGCACCUCCCAGAUGAUCUUCUCCAUCCCUCAUCUCAUCAGCUACAUCAGCGACUUCAUCAGCCUGGAGGAGGGGGACCUCAUCCUGACCGGGACCCCUAAAGGAGUUUCGGCCGUGCAGGAGCACGAUGAGCUGCAAGCUGGGAUCGAGGACGUUAUCACCAUGAGCUUCAGAGUUGACAGACAAGACAAAUAGUAAACACCAAAGACAGUGAUGAUGGGAAAUAAACACACAGACUCAGAAGUUAUAUCGGGAAGUCGGUUUUGGUUCGAUCAAAUAUAUUUUUCAGUAUCUAUAUGAACCAGCAGGUGGCAGUGCUGUGCCACAGAGACCAUGCUUCUCAUACACUAACAUCACAUCUGUACUUGAAAAUAUUAAAAAGCACAUUUUGGUUUCAUUGAUUGAUCUCAGCAUCCUGAAUGUACUUCAAGUCUUUUGUACUGUGUGAUCCUAACAUGGAUAUGAAAAGUACCCAUCACCCAAUGCUUCUGUCUUUGUUUAAAAUUAAAAGGAUUCAGAACUGUUACUCAAAUAAAUCAAAUCUCUAUUACGUUUA